AUGGCGCUGACCGCCGCCGAGGUGCGGUGCGACGCGCAGUGCAAGGGCAAGCGCGACGAGUACGCGGAGGGGCUGGACCAGGCGGGUGAGGCGCUGGAGCUUCUGCGGCGGGCCGGCGACCAGCAGCUGCAGGCUGCCGCGCUCCUGGUCUCGGCAUUCCUGCACCUCCGCUCGCUCGCCCCGGCGGAGGCCGCCUCGGCCGCCGAGGCAUCCCUGGCGCUGGUGCGCGGGCUGGGCGGCGGCGCCGCCGCCUCGAGGGGCGAGGCCAGGGCGACCCACGCGCUGGCGGCGGCGGCGAUCCUAUCUGGCAAGCUGGACAUGGGCUUGAAGCUGGCAAGCGAUGCAGUCGCAUUGUUCAAGGCCGCCGGCGACAGGAGGCUCGAGGCCUCGGAGAACCUGGCGCUCGCCAGGUGGGCGCUGCUCGCCGGAGAGCCAAAGAGGGCACUGGCGGCCGCCCAGGAGGCAAGAAAGGCCUUCGAGGUGCUAAGCUGCCGCGGGGGCUGGGCGGGCGCGUCGGUCCACACGUGCGCCGAGGCCAUGGUGGCGAGGGGGAGGGCCAGAGAGGCGCUGCGCCUGUGCAAGGACGCGUCGCUGAAGUUCAUGAGGGCGGACGACUGGAAGGACUGCGUGUUCGUCCAGGACGCCCUCGCCCGCGUGCACUUGGCCAUGGGCGCGCACGAGAAGGCUCACGGGGCCGUCGCGUCGGCGAGGUCCCUCCUCCAGGCGCGCUCCGAGGAGUCCUGGGAAGCCCGCCUCUGCCACACGGCCGCGGCGGCGCACCUGGCUGGCAAGGAUUUCAAGCAGGCCAUCGCGGCGCUCCAGGCGGCCGCCGCGCUGGCCGCCACGGCGGAGGACGACGACGAGGCAGCUGCAGCACAGCGUGCGCUGAGCUACGUUCACUCCACAAUGCCUCACGGAAAUUACAAGGACGCGCUCAAGGCGGCCUCGGCGGCGAAGCACCUGUCCCGGCAGGCGGGCGAUCGGCUGGGAGAGGCCUGCGACAUGAUGGACAUUGCGGUCGCCCAUACAAUGAUGGAGGACACCGCUUCCGCCCUGGCGAGUGCGGGCGAGGCCCGAGCCCGCUUCCGGGAGCUGCAGGACGCGCGCGGCGAGAGCGGCGCGCUGCAGCUGAUGGCGGAGGUCAGGGCGGCAGACCGGCAGUUCGAGGCGGCGCUGGAGGUUGCCGACGAGCGCCUCACGAUCGCCCUGGAGCGCAGCGCCCCCGACCUGGAGGCCCGCGCGCGGCACCAGGUCGCCGCCUUCCACCUGGCGGACCAGAGCCUCGCGGAGGCGGAGAAGGUGGCCCGGCAGGCGGCGGCCUGCGCGCUGAAGGCCGGCGACGCGCAGGAGGAGGCGCGGAUACAGAUGACGCUUAUGGAGAUCUGCAUGGAGGCCGCGGGGGACAGCGCCGCGGACCGCGGCUUUGCCCAGGGCGCCGGUGCCGCGAUGAAGGCCGCCAUGGACGCCGUGGCCGCGGCGGGCCGCUCGGGCGACCGUGCCCUGCAGGCCACGGCGUGCCUGGCCAAGGCCACCGUGAUGCUUUGGCACGGGAGCCACCAGGAGGCCGACCGGGCCGUCGGCACGGCCAGGUCUUUGUUCCUGAGCCUCGGGAGUGAGGCGGGCGAGGCCAGGUGCCUGGUCGUGAGCGCCCAGCUGAAGCUAGCGCGCGGCGGCGCCGACGCCGCGCUUGACGCGCUGGCCAAGGCGGCGGCCCUGGCGAAGAAGGCUGGCGACGCCCUCACGGAGUUCGAGGCCGCCACCAUUUUCAACAGCCUCAAGGCGCAGCUGCACGCCGGCGCCCCCGACAAGCCUGGCGGCGGCGACGCGGUGGCCGCAGGCCAGGCGGACGGCCCCGCGGUCGCGGGGGAGGCGUCCCCCGACGAGGAGGAGGACUGGUGGGCCUGGGACGAGGAGGGCAUGGGCUCCGAGUUGAGGAGCACCCUCGCCGCCAUGGUGAAGGAGGUAAUGGCAACAGAGGAGGAUCUGGAGCUGGACAGCCCGUUCAUGGACGCAGGGAUGGACAGUCUGAGCUCGGUCUCGCUCAUGCAGGCGCUGACGCAGGAACUCGGCCUGUCCGCCAGCCCUUCGCUAGUGUUCGACUACCCCACCCUCCGCGCCCUCGAGGCCCACUUGCUGGAGGAGUACAAGAACAUGGGCUCGUGA